AUGGCGCCCGCGGCCGUUUCUGGCGCUUCGCCGGGAUCCGCCGUCACGGGCCUCGUCAAGAGAGCCUUGUACUGCAACAGCUACGGCUACACGUACAGGUGCAACAGCAGAUGGUACGACUGGGGCCGCUGGGUCGUUCUCGCGGGCAUCAUUGUCGUCUUUGUGCUCAUCAUGUUUACCUGCGCUUGCACCGCCCGUCGCCGGCGUCGUCGCGGCGCCCAGCCCAUGUACGGAACGGGCUGGAUGGCUCCCGCCGGCAAGUUCGGCAACAACCAGCAGCACCAGAUGAACAGUUACAACCAGGGCUACGCCCAGCCGCAGGGAUACUACAACACGCCUCCGCCGUACGGCCAGCAGCAGGCGCCUCAGAACACUGGCACCACGUUCAAUCCCAACGACGGGUACUACGGCCACCAGCAGCAGUACGGCGUUCAGCAGCCGCCCAAUACGUACCAACCUGACGGCGGGUAUGCCCCCCCUCCUGGGCCUCCUCCUGGCAAGUAG